GUAUGUGGUAAAUGAGCUGUGUAAACAAGGAGCCUGUAGCAACACUAUGAAUUAUUCAUAGGUGAAGGCUUACGUCACAACCUUGGAAUGUAGAGGGGAACAAAAUGGCAGCGGCACCAUUAGGUUUGGUGGGACAGAUCCGUGAAGAACUGUCCUGCAGCAUCUGUCUGGAGCUGUUCACCAGGCCCAAGGUGCUGCCCUGUCAGCACAUCUUCUGUCAGGACUGCUUACAGGACCAUGCAGGGAGGGGAGAGCCCUUCCAGUGCCCAAACUGUCGGCGGCAGAUCAAGCUGCCACCUCAGGGUGUUGCCAGUUUUCCUGAUAACCACCUAGUUUCAAGUCUGUGUGCCAGACUUCAGGGGCAGGCAACAGUGUCAGGGGAACUAUUCCAGCCUGGAAACAGGUGCAACUUUCAUCCCUGUGAGCUUCAACUCUACUGUAUGCAGUGCCAGAUUCCAGUUUGUAAUGAGUGUUUUGAAGAAGGACAUGAAGGACAUCCUACCACAAGCCUUAAAAAAGCCUCACAAGAGAAGAGAUCUACAAACCAGGGCUUUAUAAAUGAGGGGAGAAACAGCUUAGAGAUGUACUGUAGCUACAUCAGGAGUCUGAGGAAAAGAGAGAAUACUCUGAAUGAGCAGAAAAAGCAGAUAGACAACAGCAUUAUUCAGGCCUACAACCAAAUGGUGCUGAAACUUACUGAGAGAAAAGACCAUCUUUUGUCUGAAGCUGAACAAAGUCACAGGGAGAACUUAGACCGGUUACAAAAUGGAAGAGACAAAGUUUUGUCAGACAUUGGGGCACUUUCUGCUGCCUGUGAUCAGGCUGAGCAAGAAAUGAAGCAGGAAGGGAUGGGAUUUCUCAGCCAGGAAACUGUUUUAGUUGUUGGAAAGUACAGAGGAAAAGUAGCACCAACUCCUGUACAAACCCAGCCUGCUGUGUUUGAGCCCAUAGACACCCCAGUGCCAGUAUUGGGACAUGUAACUGUCCCGUCUCUCUUAUCCGCACCCAUGCCAUCAGCUGCACCUGCAUCUAGUGAUGUUCCAACGAGGGGCACAGGACAUCAUCAUGGUAACCAAAGGCAGGGGGGACAUCCAUAUCAUAGGGUGACAUUUGGUGGACAAGGACUUGAAACAGGGGAGUUUGAAAGUGGAGGUGCUCCACUUUCACUUGCAGUCGCUGUGUCAGAUGAAGGGGAGGUCUAUAUAGCAGACACUGGAAACCACAGGAUCCAAGUCUUCACCUUGCAGGGAACAUUUGUUCGACAGUUCCCAACAGAGGACGGUAAACAGGAGAUGAAACCACAUGGAGUGGCCAUGGAUGGGGAGGGGAACCUGUGGGUGAUGGGUUUUGUUUGUGAUGAUGUGACCCGGAGGUUGAUGUACAUUGUUGUGCAGUACACAAAAGAGGGCAGGGUGCUGAGGAAGUUCCAACCAGUGAACUACGCUUCUCAAGUCGCAGUGAACACCAGAAGGAAUCACGUCCUAUGUUUGUGUCACAGUCAGGAUGUGGAGGUGUACAAACCAAAUGGGACUCUAUUAAGAACCAUAGGUUUGCAGAAAGUGGUUCAAGAACGGAUGACUCGCCAAACCCAGCUGCAGGGGACCAAAAGUCAAGAACCAAAGUCCUAUGGAAAUUGUCAGUGUUUAACUGUGGACCAGGAAGGAAACAUUCUGGUUUCACACAGUGAAAGCUGUGGUGUUUUUGUGUUCAACGAGGAUGGAGAGUUUCUGUUCCAUUUCGGAGGUAAGGGAAGUGGUGAAGGAGAGAUGAAGGGUCCCCGUGGCAUCUGUACGGACAGUUCAGGCAACAUCAUUGUAGCAGACUCAUACAAUAGACGUGUGGAGAUGUUUGACAAGACAGGCAGUUUUGUCAAACACAUCACUACGGACAUGACAUGGCCAGCUGCUGUAGCCAUGGCCAGGCAAGGACACCUGGUGGUGACUGACAAGAGAAAGCACACUGUCAACAUAUUUUCCAACUUCUAGAUUCUUUUAAUAAAAAAUCAAAUGUUGACUCUUGGUUGCUUUGUCAACAAUACAGUUUUACCAAAAAUGACAUGACAUUGCACAUAACAGUAACUUACUGUAAGCUAUACGAUCGUUGAGAUCAUUAUCUCUUGUUAAUUUCAAUCUGUGUUAUACAUGUAUAUAUAUUCUGGCUAGUUGUUAUGCUAUGACAUGGGAUGUUUUGGUAGUAAACUCUUUUGAAUAUUUCGUCUGUAAACUUAUUUUAACUUUGAAGACUGACCAUUUCUUAGCAUAUUUUUUUCAUCAAAUGAAUAUAUAUGCAAGCAUUUGAAACAGCCCCAAAACAAGCUGCGUGAAGCGUCUCUUUAUUUUUUGGGUACCUUCCAUAAAUAGCUAGAACCAGCCUACAAUACAAAACAAGCCAACAUUGCAUCUUUGCCCUACAUAUUACAAUAUGCUAUGGAAUAGGAUUGAUUCAAGCUACAUGUAUACAUAUUUGCAGAAGCUACAAGUUUGUCAAACUUUGCUUUUGAAUCUGUACAUAUUGUUGUGUUGUGCUGUAUUGUUUCUUGUGUAUCAAAGGAUUUAAUUUUUCCAACUUAAGAUAGAGUGUGUAUGACACAAAUCUGCAUAAUACUUGAGUAAUACUGUCAACUUAACAUCUGACUGUGCUUACUAAAAACUGUACAAUAAUGAUGAUUUUCAAAUGUUGUUUCAAAUGUGUGUCUUUGAGAAUAAAACUGAAAAUAAUUUGAAUGCUGUGAAUUGAUUUCCAUUUCAUACAAUGUACUAUAUUUUGUUAAUUAAACCUAUCAAGUAUGAAGUUCAGCAGCACCUAAAGGCUUAAACAUAUUCAUAUUCACUAAAGAGUCAUACACUGAAUAGGAGACUUUGCAAACAAUAAUCAUAUUAAUGUAAAUCACCUAAUUUGUAUGAUACGAGUUAUUUAUCAUCAUAUAAAAUGCUCAUUCCUACUUGAC